AUGGCUUCUACCACUUCCAAAGCAACCAUAUCUGUGCCAACCCUAAACCCUAACCACCACUUCUUCCAUCUUCUAUCACCCUUCACCCUCGCUCCUCGUCGUUCUUCUACUUUCAGGUCUCAAAACACUCAAAACACCAAAACGGCUGCGUUUUCUGUGAGAGUCUGCGCCUGUCACCAAAGUCACGCCCUAGAGGAUUUUGGCGUCACGGAGGAAGACGAAGAGUUCGUCAAGGUUCUCAGGGAAUCUCAACCCUACGUUUACGUGCACAGAGCCAGGGUUUUCGUUUUGCUCAUAUCUGCAGAAAUUGUUGGUAGCCCUUACUUGGAUCCCAUUCUCAAGGUAUCACAUCACAUCAACCAUCUUUGCCAUACAUUGUUUAUUGAAAAAUGUCCCCUGAAUGCUUACACAAACAAACAAAAUUCUAAUAAAGCAUCACAAUAG